AUGAUCAACUACGAGCCGGGUGACAACAUAAAGUUCCAAGUCAUGGACUAUGACAAAAAAGAUCAAGAUGACCAUCUCGGAUCAGCCCUGCUACAAAGCGGCGAUUUCCAUCCAGAUGGCUUCGAAGGCCUUCCAACAGUCUGGAGCAGGAGCCCAGUUUCAGCUGUGGCGUGUCCUAUUUCUCGAGCCGUUCAGAAUUGCUGCUUGUAUGCACAUUUACAUACAUGGUCCGUCUUAUGUGCCUUUUGA